CGAAAGCAGAGGUACCACCGAAGUACAGUCACAACUUUUUGGAAAUUUGGGAACAAGUCAAGAUAAGACUGGAAUGAUUCUCCAAAACAUGAGAAGUCGUGGCUCAGAUGCCUUGUCGUCAUCAAAACAGCCCUCUAAGAGCUUGCGGUCGAGCGAUGGCCAUAGCGCAACUUUAUCUCAAUCCCAUCCCCAUCCCAGAGGUCUAUCAUCAGAACUCUAUCGAGUGGAUCUGGAACUCUAUCUCGACAUUGAUGGGCGAUAUGUUGCGGAGGUCAAGGAGGAGUGACAUUGAGAAACUUGUUGGGCUUCAAAUCUUUGGCUGGUUGGAACUGCCAUGCGACCAACGGUAAGCACAUAGAAUGUGUAUCACCUCGUACUCGUUGGAACGGCAUGGCUCUUGCGCAUGAGAUUUAUGGAGAUGCCUGAAUCCAAUCAGGAGCCUCUGGUAGGCUGGAUACGUCUCCAUUACUGGAUCUUCAGAUCCAUCGGUGCGACGUGGAUCCUGCAGAUAAGCUGUCACGUCUGCUAAGCUACUUGCCCCCUUUCUAAUGGGUCUGAGACAUCAAAUGACGGCGAAGAACCCAUCUGUUUGCCCCUGCCUUGUUGUAUGUACGCAAUACUAGGGUCGUCAAUGGGUCCCCUCGUAUGGUGCAACAUUCUGCUUUGGAUAUUCUCCUAUCUGCAAGUAUCCGUGCCGCUUUUCAAAUUCCUGUCAUAUUUUUGUUUCAUCCCUAAUCUUCUUUCCCUGUCUCAUAACUUUCUUGGUUCUCAUCCCUUCUCAGAAUUGUCUUCUCUUUAGUCUUUACAUGUCUUUACAGUCUAGGCUCUAACCUAACAAGCUUUGUUUUGGUUGACGAGAUGAUCUCCCGUCGGAACAAAUACCUGCUUUACAUCUCAAUAUGCCUUGUCUUUCUUGUAUCAAUAUUUCGUUACCAACAAAAGUUCCCUGAAUUAUCUCAUACGGCCACAGAGAAACUUCACGCCUCGGUUCCAGCUCGUCCAGCUUCACUCUCACCAACAAAGGAUAAUGUUCAAGCAGCUCCUACUUCAUCACCUGCGCAAGCAAGCGCCACACCAUCUCACAAGUUCAAAUAUAAACCAUUACCCUCGAACGUUCCAGAUCCGAUAAUAGACAACUUUCCACUUGCAGCAGCAGCACAAUUUCCCAAAGACUUACCUCCAAUCCCGCCAUGGAACAAACCACCAACCAAACAUGUCCCCGAGAAUACCCCGCUAUUCAUUGGCUUCACGCGAAACUGGAGAGUUCUUCAGCAAGUGGUCGUCUCAUAUAUCACGGCAGGAUGGCCACCUGAAGAUAUCUACGUCGUCGAAAACACCGGGGUCUUUGACUCUAAUGCCAAAGGACUCCUCUCUCUGCAAAACCCUUUCUUCCUCAACCAUACUCGUUUGUGCCUCCUCGGCGUCAACGUCCUCGUUACGCCAGCUCUGUUUUCUUUCGCUCAGUUGCAGAACUACUACAUCUUCCACUCGAUCGAGAAGGGCUGGAAGCAUUAUUACUGGGGACAUAUGGAUAUUGUGGCUGUGUCUUCUGAGGAUAGGUUUGUGGAUGCGGAGUCGAGUGACGAUGGGAAGGAGAAAGAGAAGGAAGAAGAUUUAGCUCCCGCAGCAGCUCUAGCUGGCAAGAGCGCGAGGAGGGAUGAUCCGGAUAAGUACAAAGAUUUCAAAUCUUUGUACAUGAACUGCGUCCAUUCACUUCGCGAAGCGAUGAAAAAGAACGAGACAAGUGGCGAGGAUAAGAGAUGGGCUAUGCGAUUCUUCAACUACGACAAAUUAGCUCUGGUUAACGUCGCGGCAUACGUGGAGAUUGGAGCUUGGGAUACUCAGAUCCCGUAUUAUAUGACGGAUUGCGAUAUGCAUGCCCGCGUCAACAUGGCAAAUAUGGAGAUCAAAGAGGACCCUGCUGGAUUCCUAAUCGAUAUCGGAGAAUCGCUCAAUGAUCUUUACACUCUUUAUCGCAAAACGGAUUCACCACGCGCGGCAUUCAUCGAUCCCCAGAUCGUCGAAAAAGAGAAGGGGGAGGAGAAUAAACGUUCCGCAGAAGCCGAAGCUGGACCGACUAAAGGCAAAUCCAAAAAGAGUGUACUCGUUCCACAGUCAGUGGACUCGGAAUCAAAGUCAAAACGACACGCAGCUCCAAAUCUAGACAGAUCGGAAAAAGGCAACCGCAAACGCGAAGCAAACCAAACCUCCUCCCAGGUCUCCCAACCUCAACCCAAAUCCCUCAACGACAACGCAUGGCGCGUACCAACCGACACGAUAAAAUCCGACUCCUUCUCGCAUCUCAUCAGCACCCUCGAAGCCAUGCAGAACUCCAAAGCAACAGGCGCACACGGUCGGAAUGUCUGGCAAGGAAGACAGCGCGGUGGUCAGGGAGACCCGUUUUAUCGCGAUCCGCUGGGAUUCGAGAGGGCUUUGGGGAUGACGAUCGAGCAUGGCAAGAAGGUUUUUGCGGAGAAGUGGGGACAUAGGGAUUGUGAUGUUUGGGAGGUCGGGUUGACGCCGGGCGAUGCGUGGAGGGUUGAGAAGGAUUGGGAGUAGGUGGGUGAGAAAGUUGAAAUGUGGAGGGAGUAAAUGGUUUACUCUACGGGAUUCUUUUGCACUCACGGACUAGGCACAGUUUCAACCGGUACUGUCUGUAAAUAGGCGUUUUCUGUCUGCAAUUUACUUAAUUAUCUGCAUUUUUUGGGAUAGACUCUUCAAUUUUAUG